GGCGAUCCCCUGUGUAAGAGUGAGGUGGAGGAGGACAUUCCACGAGAUGUCACCACAGAAAAUUCCAGUAUGAAUUCUGGGAAGGGAAACCUCAUGUUAUCACUGAAUUAUAAAGCAGAAGAUGAAGAUAUCAUGCUGCGCUCUUCAGGAGAAAAUCUCUUUACCCUUAAUGUAUAUCCACAACUUCACAGUACAGAUCUAUCACAUAAUCAACCUAUUCAUGAGGAGCCUUCUCCUGACCAGUCACAGUUUGUUACCACAAGUGCAGGUCAGGACAGGGUUAAAAGGUUUCAACACGUUGAAGAGUUAACAAAAAGAUCAAUUCUUUCUACAUACAGAAGAGUUCAUACAGGGGAGAAGCCAUACUCCUGUUCAGAAUGUGCAAAGUGUUUCAUAAAGAAAUCAAGUCUUGUUAACCACAAAAGACUUCACACAAGACGCAAGCUGUAUUCAUGUUCAAAAUGUGGGAAAACUUUCACAAAGAAAUCAGAUCUUCUUGUACAUGAAAGACAUCACAAAGGACCGAAACCAUAUUCAUGUUCAGAAUGUGGGACAUGUUUUAAAAAUAAAUCACAUCUUGUUAGACAUGAAAUAAUUCACACAGGAGAAAAGCCAUUUUCAUGUUCAGAAUGUGGAAAGUGUUUUACAGAUAAAUCAAAUCUUGUUAGACACGAGAAAAUUCACUCAGGAGAGAAGCGGUAUUCGUGCUCUGAAUGUGGGAAAUAUUUUACACAAAAAUCAAGUCUUGUUCAACAUCAGAAAUGUCGGGGGAGGACCCUAGCUGCUAAUGGAGACGGAGCUGUAGGAGAGAUCUCCUUCCUCUAAAGUCUGUGCUCUUCAGCUUGUACACAGAUACUACCUGAGACAAUAUGGUGCUCAGAAUGUGGGAAAUAUUUGACACAAAAAUCAAGUCUUGUUAAACAUCAGAAAUGUAACAUUGAAUAAAAGUACAGAUGAGUACAUGUCUUGAAAUAUGUUUUGGGUCAGAUUCAAAUAAAUAAGUCAAUAAACA